CAUGCGCUGUAGUUGUCAACUCACGUACACUCCAGUCGGCGAAUGAACAACAUGAAAUCAGGGAAAUGGCGAUGGCAGUAUUCACCUCGCGGCCUAAUUCUCAUCCUUUUGAGGAAAGGAGAGUUCCUUUAACGGAGCCGGUAAAGAUAGGACGUUCAGUAGCGAAGAGUAGACCAGCCACAAACAAUUGUAUCUUCGACUGCAAGGUCUUGUCGCGGAACCAUGCUAUCCUAUGGUAUGAAGACGGGAAGUUCUUCUUGCAAGACACAAAAAGUAGCAAUGGAACUUUUGUGAACAAUGUGCGGCUUAGCAAAGGGUCAGAGGAGAGUGAGCCAAAGGAGUUAAAGUCUGGGGAUAUUGUUCAGUUUGGAGUGGAUGUAGUGGAAAACUCUAAAAAAGUAACUCAUGGCUGUAUUGUGGCUACUGUGACCCUGUUUCUACCUGAUGGAAAAGAAGCAACCAAGAGUGGUGUUCCCAGAAGUUUGUUUGCAUUGAAUGAAAAUGGCAUCCAAGCACAAGAAAUGUGGCAGUUAUCCCAGUAUUUACAGGAUGCGCUGUACAGAGAACAAAUGCUGGAAAACAAACUGGCAAAUCUUCAGAGACUUAUAUCAGACUCGAAAGGAGCAGUGGAGGACAACACCCAGUCAUUUGCUCAAGAGGACAAAUUGCUGUCAAGAUUAGAGAUUUUGGAAAACCAGCUGGAAACUUUAACAAAGAAUUUAAAUGAAGAUGACAUAAAAAAAGAACUGCUUGUUCUCCAAGAGGAAAGACAUAAUUAUGAAAUGAGAGCAAAGGAGUCACUCAAAAAAGUGUUGCAGGAAAAAUUAGAAGCUAUUCAAAAAUUAACUGAAAUAGAGAAAUCAUGUAACAACGCUGAGGAUGAAUGUCUUCAUUUCAAGUCCUUAUAUGAAAGAUCACAGCAAGAACUUAAAGAUUUGGCUGAAAAACACAAGCAGAGAUUACAAGAAAUGCAGAGUCUUCAGGAUCAAGUUGAAGAAGCUGAAAAGAGACAUUCCGCAGUUGAAGAGCAGGCUCUUCAAGAGAAAACUGAAUUUGAAAUGAGACUAAAAGAAGCAGAGCUUCGUGAAGCUUCAUUAGCUGCACAGAAAGAAUCUUUACAAGCAGAAUGUGAUUUUAAGAAAGAACAAGUUGAAGCAAUGAAAGUUCACAUUGAUAAAACUAAAGAUGAACAUCGCCAGCCAGGUGCUGAGUACAAAUCACCAGUGAUCCAGCUACAAGAUGAAACUGUCAUUGAGACUGUUGAUGUAAAUGGAACAAGAGAACUGGAAUCAGUACCAGAAAGUUUGGAUGGUGAAGAUGCAAUAGAACUGGGAGACAUGGAGGACGGUGAUCAUUCAAACACAGAUGACGUUAAAAUCCUACAAGAGCAAAUAGAAGAAACAAAGUCGUUACACAAAGAAAGCCAUAGUGAGGUGGCGUUCUUGAGAGGCGAGUUAGAAAAGUCACAACUAACUGCGAAGGAAGACAGUGAAAAAAUUCGCUCACUUGAAGAGCAAGUGGUGGAGCACCAUCUUCAGGACAUUGAUAAUCUGUCCAUUCCAAGUGACAUCGGGGGUGAUGAAGGAGACCAUUUUGAUGCCUCUCAGCCUGUCGCUAAUCAUGAUGACCAUGACAUAGAUAAGAUAGAUAACAGAAACUUGUCCGAUGAGAUGGAUCUUGUCAAAAGACUUUAUGAUCGCAUCUGUGAGGUGAAAACCAUGGCUGAAGAGAGGCACUUGAUGAUGAUUAGGUGGUCUGCUGAUAAUGAUGACGAUGAUGAAGAUGAAAUAGUUGCUAAUGAUGUCACUGCUGAAAAGUCGCAUCGAGAGGAAACCUCUGGUCAUCAACCACGGAACGCAAGGCAAUUGUUGCAAGACAGUUUACACAAUGUACAAGACAUAAAAGGAGAAUUCAUUGAAAUUGGAAGAAUCAUCGAUAAUGAACAUGAAGAGUCGCAGCAUGUGCAAGGGCAACUGAAUGAUACCCAACAAGAACUGAAGGAAAAUAACGAACUUGUGGUCGAGUUGCAAGAGGAGCUGAAAAAUGCGCAGGCUUAUACAAAAGACUUCAAACAGCAAAUUUUAGACCUGAGAGACAAAUUACUUGAAGAACAAGAAUGUACUCGGAAAAAAGAAGAAUUUGUUGCGCAACUAAAACGAGAACUAAAUGAACUGUUACGAGAAAAAGAUCUCCUUGCGUUGGAGAAAAAAUGCGAACAUCACGCUACUGAAACCGCCAUCAACAAUGCGCGGGAGAUGCAGAAACAGGCAGCAAAGAGUGCGAAGGAUGCUAGCAAGAACAAAGUGGAGCUGAGUGCAGUCACAGACGAUAAUCGCAUCCUGAAACAAAGAAUACAGAUCUUGGAGAGUGAGCUGAAAAAAUACCGCAGGGAAAACAACCGCUUGACCUCUGAUCAAUCUCGUCUUCAAGCAACGUACCGUGAGAUCGAAAACCAGAGCAAAUUUUUGAGCGAAAAAAUUAUGCGUCAACAGACUACGCUGCAAGGCAAGAUUGAAAGGGAAAUAACGGAGAAAAAACUCACUGAAGAUCAGGCCAGUGCCCUCGAGGAGCGACUUCUUGAAACGGAAGUGAAGCUUCAGAAAACGCAAGAGGACGCUCAGAGGGAUAUCCAAAAGUUAAAUGACGCGAAUUCACAUCUGUGGACGUACAUCAAGGCUGGUUUGGUGGCAUUUAUCGCGUUCAUUUUGGCAUACGCUCUUGGUCUCAUUGAACUACAUCCAGGUGGAACAACUCGUGUUCUCUGGAGUUAACGAAUGUUUCCUCUAGUUAGCUUAUACUUUGUAUUAUUACAACCAAGACGUUUCAUUCUUUUGAAAAAGGAAAUUUUGGCGUUCUUUCGGACGUAUCUAGUGCGUUACUUUAUAUACAGGUUUUGCGUGACAGGGAAUCGUGCUGUGACAAGGAAGGGGCGUAGCGUGACGCGCCUGAUUUUGUUGGGGGGGAUUGCAUAAUCUUUCUUAAAAGAAAGAAAAUUGGAUUAUUUGGAUUAUUUGUUUGAAAAAAAAAAUGCCUCCCAUAAUUAUUACUUAUUAAUGUCCAAAUUGGGCAAUCCGUUCGUCGCUCCAUUUUAUUUGAUAUUGUUCUUGUACGAGUUGGAAACGUUUUAUACUGCAUGAAACAAAGUUUUGUUUUCCAAUCAGGGUGUGCUGCCCUUUCUCUGUCUUUGUCCAUCAAUGAUUAUUUUUCUGUUUUCUCGCGGCAAUGUUUACUUUCAGAAAAUUCUAUGUACCCUUAGUCAAGAAAAUCAUUGAAACUAUUUCCAUCGAGAUAAAAGUCGGUCUAGAGGAGUUUAAAUCGAAAUGUGUACUUUUGAGUGGGGACCGAAGAGGGGGGGGGGACCUUUUGCAAAAGAACUAAUCAGCUCACUUCGUCAAACCCAGAUGCCUUUAAAAUCGUUCUUCUUGUUAACACCCGUCGAAUGGUAUUUUGUCUCGCCUAGGUAACCUUGUGUUUUACAGGUCAAUAAACAAAUUUUAUAUUAAUUUGGCUUUCCUUGGCAAGUUUUAUCAAAUUCGCUACUUGGCAGAUGACGGGAAAGUAACCUAAUGGUAUUAGUAUUGCUCUAUAUCAAUUCCUCACCAACCAGGUUUGGAAACAUUCAUUUUAAACGUUUAUAUUUUAUUUCAUCAUUUCUUUGUUUUUUCUCACUUAAAUACCCUCAUUUAGUCAAAAUAGAUGAUGGGUUUUCCGUUUCAAACGUAUUCUAGAUAGUUUGUCAUUUGAACUCUUUCGACAUCUUCAUUAGUGUCGCCGUUUUGCAGCCAUCUUUCUAGCAGUCUCGUUAUCCCAAACGUUGCAUAUACGGUUAUCGAUUUCUACGUAUCACUAGGAUGAUCGAUUUCGAAAUAAAACUGCAGGUUCGGACAAAUAUUA